CAUAUGAUAGCUUGGAAGGGAGCUUUAUCAAAAGCAUUCUUUAAGAUUUCAAGUUCCCUACUCCUUAAGUUGAUCUCAUUAUGUGUUGUAUUACCAAACCUAGAAUCUCGAUUUUAUGGAAUGGUGAAAUUACAAAUGAUUUUAAUCCCUCUCAUGGUAUUAGGCAAGGAGAUCCUAUGUCUUCCUACAUUUUUGUCUUAUGCCUUGAGAAACUUUCUUCUUUGAUUGAGAGUAGUAUUAAAACAAGGGCGCGCCCCAGUUUCUCUCUUUGAGAAACAUUUACGUUUCUCUAGUGGCAAAGUGGUAAUAAAUCGCAUAGGGAUUUGUAAAGAAUUGUUUUUUAAACCUAAAGAAUUGGUGAUUGUGCGUUCCACCGAAGCAGAUCUCGUGGCACAUUGAAGACGGAGAAAGAGGCGGAACUUAACGACGUUAUUCGACAAUUGUCCAAUUUAUCAUUAACCCCAUCACUAACUCCAAAGUAAAUACAUGGUAAAAGUUGAAGUAACUGCGUCCAGAAUUACCCAAGCCACGCAGUAGAAUUUUCAAAACCCUUUGUUGAACGGUUACCGGAGCUUAUCUUCAUUGUUGUAAUCUUAUCCGAUCAAAGUGGUGUCUUGGUUGUAGAUCGAGUGAGCAGGUGGUGUGGUGCGCUGUCCAGAUCUGAGGUGGUGCUGUAUGUAAAUCGGGCGACCAGGAGGUGUGGGCUUGAUUGUAGAUCUGAGGUGCUUGAUUAUAGAUCUGGAGGUGGAGAAUUGAAGCAAUGGAAGAGAUUGGAGAAAGUUCAGACAGUGCUCGAUAUUUAACUCCUAUGAAAACAAUUCAGACGACUGAAACUGUAGUGGCAAGCAAUCAAAUAACGGUCCUCACUGUCAUUGAGCCUCCUAGGGUUGGCAUGGUUUUCAAAACUUGGCAAGAUGUUGAAAGCUACUACAAGGAUUAUGCUGAGCAACAAGGGUUUGGAGUUUCAAGGGUGCAAGGAGUAAAUUCAAAGAAAGACAGGACUAAGAGAAUUGCUAGUACAUGGAGGUGCGAGUGUUGGGGAAGACCCGACAUGAGGGCAUUCAGGGAAGCGAAGAAGCAUGCAAAAGAAAUGGAAAUGAUAGGACCAGGGGCAGUUGUUCUUCCUGAUGUAUGUGAGGCUGAUGAGACUGUGAAAGGAAAGAGAACUUAAAAAAAAUGUCUAUGCAAAGCAAAAGUAUACGCCAGCCUGAAUGAUGAGGGUGAUUGGGAAUUGAAGACGGUUGUGUUAGAACACUCGGGCCAUAAUCCAACCCCAAGUAAGGCGAAGUUGGUGAAAGAAUAUCGCAUGAAGCAAAUGACAUCUAAUGUUAAGAGGAAGUUGCUGAAGUAUUUUGAUCAGGGAGUUUCUGUGUCUCAGUUUCAUGGGUGUUUGGGGACAGAUGUAAAUGGGAUUGAUAACUUUUCGUUAACUGUGAAAGAUUUGCAGCAUGAGGUAUAUAAGGCGAAGCGGUUGAAUAUGGUAGGUGGGGAUGCGGUGGCCAUGAUGGAUUAUUUUCAGAAAAUGCAAAGUGGGAAUCAGAAUUUCUAUUAUGCUCAAAGGUUGGAUGAGCACGGGCGUCUCAAGGAUGUGCUGUGGAUGGACGCGAGAAGUAGGGCGACAUAUGAGGAUUUUGGAGAUGUCGUCUGCUUUGACGCCACGUAUCUAACAAACGAGUAUGAGUUGCCGUUUGUGAAUUUCAUUGGAGCUAAUCAUCAUGGACAGUCCUUGCUGCUUGGCUGUGCGUUAGUUUCUCGUGAAGACUGUGACACAUUUACAUGGAUCUUCCAGCAGUGGCUAACAUGUAUGAAUGGCUGAGCCCCAGCAGCCAUACUUACAGAUCAGGCAGCUGCUAUGCGAAGGCCGCUACGCGAAACCAUGCCAAAUACACGCCAUCGGUGGUGUAUUUGGCAUAUUCUUGGCAAGAUUCCUGAAAAACUCGGCAAGUAUGCUAGGUACAAUGAUUUCAAAAAUCCUUUGAAGGCGGUGGUGUAUCAAAGCUUUACUCCUGAAGAGUUCCAUAGCAAUUGGGCAGACUUUAUUACUGAGUAUGAGCUUCAGGAUGACCCCUGGCUGGAAAGCCUUCACAAAGAGAGCUACAUGUGGGUCCCUGCCUACAUGAAAGAAUAUUUUUGGGCGAGGAUGAAGACCACCCAGCGGGUUGAGAGCAUAAACAGUUUUUUCGAUGGGUUUGUGAAUAGGCACACCAAAUUGCAUGAGUUCCCACGUAAGUAUAGCAUGGCGUUGGCGAAGCGUGUUCGUGAUGAGAUUAGCGCUGAUAGCCGUUGCUCUAAGUAUGUUAGGAGGUUGGUCAGUGCUUUUAAGCUGGAGAAGUUUUUCCAGAAGAUAUACACGGAUAAGAAAUUUCUAGAACUGUAGACUGAAUGUGCAAGGAUGUCUUACUGUUAUGUAAGAAAGGAAACUGUGAUAACUGAUAAUGUCAUUGAAUAUGUUUUGGAGGAUAGGAUAUGGAUUGUGCCCCUGGAAGCAGUAAAGAAGUGAUAACUGACGGUCGGAGAUUCUACACUGUAAAAUUUUUUGGUGCCACAAAGGAGGUGAUUUGUGACUGUCGGAAAUUUGAAACACAUGGCAUUCUUUGCAAGCAUUGUAUCAGAAUCUUAGAUCAAAAUUUUGUAUUUGAACCCCCAAAAAAGUACAUUUUGGAUCGCUGGCGGAAGGACAUCCCCCGUAAGCACACCCGGGUGAAGGUGCCAUAUUACGAUCCUUCUGAUGAUGUUGUGGGGAGGAGAUUUAACAAGAUGAUGACCUGUUUUGAGCUGAUUUGCGAUUCGGCUGCAAUGGUUGGUGAUGAAGCUGUUGAUGUGGUCAUGAACAGUGUAUCUAAACUCAGAUCCCAAGUCGAUGAAGCCUCCCGUAAGAAACGGGAUCAAACUAAGGCCAUCAGGUGUAUUGCUGCUAAGAACAGAACAUCACCAGGUCAAGCGGGAACCACAUCGUCAGUCGGGAUGCCUGAUGCAGCCCAACACACUAAUUCGGAAGGCAAUCCGCUUGAUACCCCAUCAGGUGUAGCUGCAACUGCUAAUGUGAAGGAUCCCAUCAUAAAGAAGAAGCGGCCAGGUAGGCCAAAAGAAUCUAGGCAUAAAACGUUGGCCGAGUUAGGGUACAGAAUACCAAAGGCAAAAGCGAAAAAGGGCAAGGGUGUGUCACCCGAUGAGUAUCUAACUUCCCCUGCUGAACCCCCUACCCAAAGCAAGUGCAAGCGUAAGGGACAGACUUUGAUCAAGGCUGGGAAUAACAAGAAGCAGAAGAAGGGCAACAUCAGUACUCAACCGAUGUGUAAAAAUAGGCCCAAGGCAAAGGCUAGCACCCACAACGAGGCAACUGGCAGCAGUACCCCUCCAGUUCUAAAACCCAAGAAUUACACCAGGAAAAAGGCCAAGUCGACCAUCCCUUCAGCAGUAAAACCCAAGGCCAACAACACAAACUCAAUGGCCAAAUCCACCAUCCCUUCAGCUGCAAAUCCCAAAGCUAAAACAAAAUCAAUUGGCAAGUCCAUCACCCCUUCACAACUAAAAUCCAAAGCCAACAGCAACACCAAGCUCAAUUCCAAAACCAGUGAUAUAGCCAACACAUACAGGGUUACCCCAGCAACUCAGACUUCAUGUGUUCAAGUUCCUGGUGAAAAGGGAAAACUACCUGCUAAGCGGAAAGGUAAACCCCACGCCCUGCUUGACAGUGCUAAUUGGGUAUCUGACUUGUCGGCCACAUUCUAGUGCUUCAGCACAGACCACGUAUACAACUCUUGGUGUCAGCAACAACUGGAUUCAUACUACCUGGUGUACACAUAUAUUAGGACACCGAUGCCUAGAUCAGAGCUAUGUUGUUGAUGAUGCCUGCUUCGCUUUAAGUGUUAGGUGUUUUUGUCAUUUGGUACCUUGUCGUCAGUCACAUGGCCUCUUUAUUUUGCUUAAACUGAAUGUGCAACGUGUACUUUGUGGCCUUUUGCACCUGUUUAACGAUUUUCCCUACUGCUUGCUUGAUGUCCUGUGAUCCUCUUGGAUCUGCGUUUAAUGGUUUCUUAAUACGUUGGAUGCUUGUUUGAGAAUGUAUGGUUCCGGAAAAGGCCUAAGAGGCUGGCCCAUUUGUUUUGGGUUGAUCAACCUCUUUUUACGCACCAAAACAUUCCUCAAUUCCUUUGUCGUGGUAGGAAUUUCAAGUAUUGGUUUUCAAUUCA